GAGCCAAGAGAUGUCUGGAUGAUGCUGCAGUUUGUCGAAGGCCUUGGGGUGUUGAUCGGUAUUCAUGCUGGGAAGUGGAUCACUGCAAUGUUUGUGAUGGAAUUUAUUCACUGUCAAUCGUGGCAAGAACCACAAGCGUGUAACUGCUGCCAUCCUAGUCAGGCAUGUCGAGUGCGUGGAGAGUGUUCGAGAUGCGAAUGUUAUCGUCGUUGGUGUUUGCCUUUCAGGACGGCAAGUCGUAUUUCCUACGCGGCAUCGAGCAAUGGUAUCCCAUGUUCGCAAUUAACUGCAAAGAGAAGCGCGGACCACUGCGGCAUGGACAUGUCCACCUCGACGAUUUGGCGGACGUGAUGGACCAACGUCGCGACCACAUUGCGGCCUGGAUUGAGCGCAAUCGGGCGAACUCAUUGCACAUCCACGAGGUGAUUCAAAAGCACCCUCCCUUUGGCCAUGUCCUGGAACAGCAUGCCGCGUACGUUGGCGACGUCGCCCUGCUGCAGCUCCUGUACAACAUGCACGUUCCAAACGGAUUUCCCCUCGUGAACACGUUGAUCCACGUUUCUGCAUGUCACGGCCAUGUCAAUAUUCUCCGAUUCUUGUCUAUCGUCGGCUACACCAACCAUGUGCUUGCAGAGUACGUGUCCCCGAUGGAAAUCGCUUCCCGCGGCGGCCACUUGGCGUUUAUCCAGAUUCUCCACACGGGUUAUGGGCGACCCUCCAUCGACAGCGACCAGCCCAAGAAGAAGAAGAAGCCCCGCUCGGUCCAACAAGACCACCAAAUCCCCCUCGCCAACUUUAGCGAGCGAGCGCUGGCUUUUGCCGCCAAACAUGGCCACGUCGACGUUGUGAAAUACAUUUGUACGGUCGGCGGGAUCACGACAAGCCCUGAUGCGUUGGAUCUUGCCGCUAUGGGAGGGCACUCGCCGGUCGUGAAGUUCUUGACCGAGCAUUUGCCGUCCAUGCCGGCGACGACACUUGCGAUGGACCACGCCGCAAGCCAAGGAAACCUUGAUCUGGUGGAGUUUUUGCAUGCCCGUCGAACUGAAGGGUGCACUCCUGCCGCUAUGGACGCGGCAGCGAGCCAUGGACAUAUCGAUGUGGUGAAAUUCCUGCACAGCAAUCGCCAUGAAGGUUGCACCAAAGACGCCGUGGAUCAUGCAGCGGCCAACGGGUUUGCCGACAUUGUGCAGUUUUUGGUCCUACAUCGACCUGAAGGUGGGACGUCCGAGACAUUGAAGGUAUAUGCAAGUCGUGGGGAAGUUCGCAUGGUGAAAUGGCUGCACGAGCAUUGGAAACACGGCAAGUGGCCCGUGCAAGCAGUCAAUGCGGCAGCCACGAACGGCCAUGCAACUGUCGUGCAGUACUUGAUGGACCACCAACUCGUGGCGUACUCACCCCACGCGUUGGUUGGAGCUGCCAAGAACGGGCACUUCGACGUGUUGGACUAUCUGCUUCCGAAAAAGCCGCCCAAAACGUGCGUGGCUCGAGCGAUCGAGUCGGCACUGGCGAGCCACCACGACAAAAUCGCCAAGUAUUUGAAAGACCACGUGUGUGCAUGUUGUGCCAAAAAGAUAUUUGACGUCGCCACGACGAAAACCGGUGCAACUCGUCAAAACAUGCCGCGCAAACGUCGUUGAGGUGUAGAAACGUCGUCAUGGUAUGGUCGGAACAACGGGACAGCGUCAUGCA